UCACACGCACACAGAAAUGGGUUGCGAGGAUGGCCUUGGCGAAACACCCGCCUUGGUCUUGGGAGCUGGAGCUUCCUUGGCGAGAUCUCUCUCUUAGCCAGGGCUCUUCCAACUUGGCCCUUUCAUGACUUGUGGACUUCAACUCCCAGAUUUCCUCAGCCAGGCACGUCCACAAGUCAUGGAAGGGCCAAGUUGGAAGACCCAGGCUCUUAGCGCUGCUCAAAGGAAACAAGUGGUGGGGGGGGAAAGACUACGAAUCCCAACAGCCUUAGCGGUGAGACUUCCGGUGCUGCCCGUUCAAGGGGCGUCCGCGCUGUUCGCUCCAAGCCUGAUAACAAGGAACGGCGGGCAGCCCCUGCAGCGCCUGACCACAUAGCCCAUACUUCCCAGCCAGGGGCCGCCUUGGGCUGAAUCUCAGGUUUUUAGGUUCUGUCGUGUUGGGACCACUUGGCGUUCCAAUGAAGGACUCCUUGACCCUCCUGUCCCGCAUCCAGGCACACCCGGAUUCCCGUUGUUGGUUCCUAGCCUGGAAUCCUACAGGGACACUCCUGGCUUCCUGUGGUGGUGACCGUAACAUCCGCAUCUGGGGAAAGGAAGGUGAUGCCUGGGUGUGCAAGUCCACUCUGGAUGAAGGGCAUCAAAGGACCAUCCGCAAAGUGGCCUGGUCCCCCUGUGGGAACUACUUGGCUUCGGCCAGCUUUGAUGCAACCACCUGCAUUUGGAAAAAAAACCAGGACAACUUCGAGUGUGCAGCCACUCUGGAGGGCCAUGAAAACGAGGUGAAGUCGGUAGCCUGGGCUCCAUCUGGAAGUCUCCUGGCUACCUGCAGCCGAGACAAAAGCGUCUGGGUUUGGGAAGUGGACGAAGAGGACGAGUACGAGUGCAUGAGUGUCUUGAAUUCCCACACACAGGAUGUCAAGCAUGUCGUCUGGCAUCCUAACCAAGAGCUGCUGGCAUCUGCCAGUUACGAUGAUACCGUCAAACUGUAUCGGGAGGAGGAAGACGACUGGGUGUGCUUCAGCACCUUGGAAGGACACGAGUCCACGGUGUGGAGCUUGGCUUUUGAUCAGAGUGGAGAAAGGCUGGCUUCUUGUAGCGACGACAAGACCGUGCGAAUUUGGCAGCAGUUUAAGCCAGGCCAUGAGCAAGGUGGGUGGUACAGCACAGUGCCCUAUGUUAUAUUGCAGGGGAUAGAACUGUUUAUUGGUUUGUAUUUAUUUAUUCAAUUUAUUGGCCAUUCAUCCAUAUUACAGCAUUAACAGUAAAAACAUACAAUUAUGAUUAAAAGAUAGUAAUAGUAAUAGUAGUAAAGUUGGAAGGGACCUUGGAGGUCAUCUAGUCCAACCCCCUGCUCGGGCAGGAAACCCUACGCUAUUUCGGACAAAUGGCUGUCCAGUCUCUUC